ACAAAUCUAAACUAAAAUCAACUAAAUAUAUACAAAUACAUACUGGCUGAAAAUAUAUUUGAUUUUUAACUCACACUUAUUUAUCUAGGAGCUCUCUAAUCAAUGCAAAAAUGCGCAGAUUACUCAAUAUGCUGGAAAGAUUACGAAAAGUGCGCGUUAAGCCGAAGUUAGGUUCACAAUUGAAAUCGGAUCGCAAGGAACCAAACAAGAACUAUAAGAAAGAUAUUAAAAUGACAAACGACACAAAACCGUUGGACAACAAGGUAAUCUGGCAAAACCUACAGCAUGUGCUUCGCGUGUGCGAGGGUCACGAGCAGCCCCCAAUAAGAGGACAAGUGAAAUUGAAUAUGGCAUCCGAUGUGGAUUCCUUAGCCGAUGUACUAGAUAUACAGCGAUUUGUCAGCGACGUGUUCGCUGCGAUGAAUGUGCCACUUGAGGCCGCUAGCGAGAUGGCAGACGCAUUGAUCGCCGCCGAUUAUAUGGGAGAGCGAAGCAUGGGAAUUCAUCGUCUGCCUGCGAUUGUUAACGAUCUGCUCAAUUUGAGAGUCGAUCCACGAAUGAGACCGAAGGUGCUUUGUGAGCGCGAGGCGUUGGCCCUGGUGGAUGGGCAAAAUGCACCAGGACCUGUGGUUGCAAAUUUCUGCAUGGACUUGGCCAUGUCCAAGGCAAGGGAACAGACCAUUGGCCUUGUGGUGUCUCGAUGCUCCAACAACAUUGGCAUGGCUUCAUGGUACGCAUGCCAGGCAUUGUCGCAGCGUUUGCUCGGCGUCUGCAUGUCGAGUGGGCUGCCCGUUUUGGUGGCCAGCGGAGGCAAAGAGCCGCUACUGGGCGCCAAUUCGAUAUCCUGUGCAGCGGCAACAGGCACACAGCAACAGUUCGUCAUGAAUGUGGGCAUGCCGGGCUACACGAUUGAACAACUGGAGCUCGAUUACUGCAAUGGUUAUGCGGAUCAGUUGCCGCCGCAUCUGGCCUUGGAUUGCAAUGGGCUGGCGACUAACAAUGUGGCAGAUGCUUUACAGGCUCAACGCUUGCUUCCAUUUGCGCCCGAGUACAAGGGAUUUGGUUUGGCCGCCAUGGUUGAAACACUUUGCGGAGUGAUGACAGGAGCACGCUAUGCCUCACAGCUGGUGGGACGUCAGGGUUUGUUUGGGACGGAUCAAGAUGUGGCGGAUCUGGGUCAGUUGUACAUUGCCAUUGAUCCAAUGCGCUUUUGCGUAUCCUUUGAGGAGCGACUGAGCGAUUUCCAGCAGCUGCUGCGAGAUGCUUUGCCCUGGGACGCCAAUCAGACGCCAUUGAUUCCUGGUGACAAGGAGAGUCUGCAUAUGCAGAUGGUUGACGAUCAGGGUGGCUUGAUUUUAUCACCCUGCACUCUCUAUGUCCUGCAAGAGUUGAGCGAGCGCUUCAACAUAAAACCUCUUGUGGUUCAAAAGACCGAAUAAGAUGUGACAAUUUAUUAUAAGCCAAAUAAUAAAUUUAAUAGGGAAAAUUGUUUAUGCCACGCCACGCUACGAAAACAAA